AUGUUGGGUCAUGUGACGGAUUUCCCGCCAAAACAUAGACCCUACAACGAGAUUACAUACUCUGCCUCUGGAUCUGGCCUGACGUUUUUCAAUGUUAAUAGCCAGACAGGAGAAGUGACAGUGGUCAAUAACCUUGUCCAAGAUUCCAACACAAGAUAUCAGCUGACAGUCCAAGCUACAGAUAGAGGUGCCAGCCCUCUGUCAUCAGCCCAGCCUGCAUCUGUCACUAUCAACGUUGUGAGGAACCAGGCCUCCCCUGUGUUUGUACAGAUCCCUUACGACACCACUGUGUUGCGAACAGCAGGAGCCAACACCCCAGUUAUCACUGUAACUGCUACUGAUGCAGACACAAGGAGUCCCUACAAUGAAAUCACAUAUGGAAUUGCCAGCAUGACCAUCGACAGAUUCCGAAUCAACCCAACAACAGGGGAGAUAACUCUCACACAAGCUAUUGCCACGGAUUCCCAAGCUCAAUAUGGGGUAACAGUUUUCGCACAAGAUGGAGGAAACCCAAGGCGUGUGACCUACAACACAUUUACUGUGGGAGUUGAUCGUAACCUCAAUGCACCGUUCUUAACAAAUCCUUCAGGACCAAACUUUGAAAAUUCCACCACAGUACUGGAAACUAUUGGCUUUGAUUACCUUAUCUAUGAUGUUGAUGCCUUUGAUGCAGAUUUAUCGGAUCCAUACAGGUCACUGCUCUUCUCCAUCAUUGGAGAAAAUACUGCAUCAACCUACUUCCUGAUAAAUCGUGACAGUGGUGAGAUCCGUCUCAAGUCCUCUCUUCUUCAGGACACGCUCCAGACUCGCCAGUACAGACUGAUUGUAGCAGUCACAGAUGGUGGUGAUCCACCAAGGCCUGCUCCCUCCACUGCCACCAUUACUGUCAAUGUCAUCCGCAACCUGAAUACUCCACGCUGGGUCAAUGACCCUUACAGUGCCACUAUUGAUGAGACUAUCGGUGCAAAUGUCAACAUUGUCAAUGUCCUGGCAGUUGAUGACGACAUUAAUGCAUUCAACCGUGUGAGCUAUGAAAUUAUUGGGGACAGCACUGCACCUGCAUACUUCGACGUGACACCAGGUGGUAGUAUCAUUAGGAGGCAGUCACUACAAAGUAUUCCAGACACCAGGUUCUAUUUGAGAAUUGUUGCCUCUGACAAUGGUGUUCCACCUAAGACCAACACAACUGUGGUGUCGAUCAUCAUCAAUCGCAACCUAAACACCCCAACCUUCAGCCAGUUGCUAUUCACUACGGAGAUUGAUGAGACUACAGAAGUAGGAACGGCAGUUCUGAGCAUCUCAGCCACUGACCAAGAUUCUGUGCCCCCAUACAACACAGUAGAGUUUGCCCAGAUUCCCAAUUCUGCGACCGGUCUCACGUUUUUCAGUCUGGAGGCUGAUACUGGUAAUGUUGUUCUGAGGAGACCUCUAACAGGAAACCCAGAUUCAGUGUAUGAGUUCCAGGCUCUUGUACGUGACGAAGGUGUACCAUCCCGGGAGCAGUCACAACGAGCAACUGUGAGAAUUACUGUCCGCCGCAACAACAAUGCCCCCUUCUUUGUUGGUAGCCCCUACUCAGUUACAAUCAAUGAAGAUCAAGCUGUGGGGUCACAGAUCCUACCUGUUGUUGCACAGGACUCUGAUGUCAAUAGUCCAUUUAACCAAGUGACACUUCGUGUGAUUGGUGAUGAGAAAGGACCAAUAUACUUUGGUUUGGCCAACAAUCAAAUCAAUGUCACUAGGAACCUUAUUUUGGACGCAGAAAAUGAUCUCCGUUAUACACUGCGCAUUGAAGCAAGAGAUGGAGGGUCCCCUGCCCGUUCUGCCACAGCGUUGGUUUACAUAACUGUCAACAGGAACCUUAAUCCUCCGGUGUUCACUACCCAAGCUUACAGUGCCAGGAUACCCGAGACACAACAGCUUGCAGUCUCUGUUGUACAGGUUCAGGCAACAGAUGGAGACAGAGUUGCCCCAUAUAACACAUUGCGGUAUGAGAUCAGCGGUGCUCCAUUCAGUACUCUGGGACGCCAGUACUUUAUGGUCGAUCCGGUAACUGGUGUUGUGAGUGUGAGGCGUAAUCUCGAGACAGACACCAGUGACACAUCUGUAUACAGGUUUAUUGUUGAUGCCAUAGAUGGAAGUGGAGUGAGGGCACCACAGCCUGCCAAUGUUGAUAUCACUGUGGACAGGAAUCUCUUUCCUCCAGUCUUUAUUACCACCAACUACACAGCUGUCAUCAACAACACCACACCACAGGGCUCACCAGUCUUCACUGCUUUGGCCACUGAUGGUGAUUCUACGAGUCCCUUCAAUGUGGUGCAAUACAGCAUCAUUGGGGAUGAUGGGAGUCAGAGCUUCUUCAGUGUUGAUGCUACCAGUGGUGCAGUGUCACUUGCACAGCCAGUGUUUAACAUCCCGAAUACACAGUUCAGGGUGCGACUCCAGGCUGUGGACGGCUCAGGUCUUACCGAUGUGGAAGUACUCACUGUGUUCAUUCAGAGAAACCUCUUUGCUCCUGUCUUCACUCAGACUUUAUACGAGCGUGUCAUUCAGGAAACAAUUCCUGUAUCCACCAGUAUUCUCAACGUGUUCGCCCAGGACAGCGACCAAACAGCCCCCUACAGUACAGUCAGCUAUUUUGCAAGUGGCUCAUCAGACAGGUUUCUUGUGAAUGUCAACAAUGGAGCUGUAACUGUUAGACGCUCACUUAUUGGUGAAUCUGGCCAGACUUUCACAGUGUAUGCCCAAGAUGGUGGUACCCCUCCACUGCGUAGUCAGUUUGUCACAGUUCGCAUCAAUGUAACUCGCAACAACUUUCCUCCUGUGUUUGUCAACGAGCCAUACAGCCAGUCACUGCUGGCAACAGCAAGUGCAGGAGAUGGUGUAGUCCAAGUUACAGCCACUGAUGCAGAUGUUGAGUUUCCCUUCAAUAAUGUGAGGUAUGAUAUCAUUGGUGAUGACAAUGCCCCAGCCAUCUUCCAAAUUGAUGAGAGCAGUGGUCAGAUAUCUCUCCGAAACACCUUCAGUGGUGAUGGUGCUGAGCUCUACAGGAUCCGAGUACGAGCACGAGAUGGUGGCAACCCACGUCUGUCUGAUAUCACUGUUGUGUCCGUUAAUGUGACCCGAAAUCUUCGUGCACCGGUUUUCAACACCCCAACCUACAGUGCAAGGAUUUUGGAGACCAUAAACUUUGGUGAAGUUUUUAUCUCAGCCACAGCUCAAGACUUGGACACUUCGGCCCCCAACAAUGCACUGACCUACCAGCUGACUGGUAAUACAGAAUGUCAACGAUACUUUGGCAUCAACAACAAUGGGGGACUGUAUGUACAAGCUGACCUUGUCACAGAUCCUACAAGGGCCACAUUCUACACUUGUCAAGUAUCAGCACAGGACCAAGGCAAUCCGCGACGGGACUCAACCAACCAGGCCACAGUGGGCAUCAAUGUGAUCAGGAACACAGCCCCAGAGUUCACUAAUCUGCCAUACAAUGCUGUAUUGCAGAGAAAUAUCACCACUGGCACAGUUGUCGGAACAUUUACAGUUACUGACAGUGAUACAGAUGAUCCUUUUAAUCGGGUUACUUAUUCCCUGAUUGGUGAUGGUUUGGCAACCAGCUUGUUUACAGUUACACCUGACACUGGUUCCAUCAGGACUCAAAAUACCCUUAAUUCUGAUAACAGUGAACAAUAUGUGCUUCGAGUUGUUGCCAUGGAUGGAGGAACUCCAAGACUCACAGACACAUCAACAGUGCUAGUAACUGUAAACAGGAAUUUGAAUGCACCACAACUGCAGCCUCAAAACUACAGUGUUGGGAUUUUGGCCACACAGGCUCUCUCCAUACCCAUCCUCACUAUUAAUGCUGCUGAUGCUGAUGUUGCGGCCCCGUACAACACUGUGCAGUAUGAGGUCAACAACCUUCUCUCCAGUGUUCCUGGACGGCUGUACUUCAUGGUGGACCGGAACACUGGCGCAGUCAGCCUCAGGUGCUUUCUGGAAUCAGACACAAGCUACACUGAAGUAUACACGAUUGUUGUUGAUGCAGUAGAUGGAGGUGGACUAAGGGCUAAUCCGCCUGCCAAUGUUGAAAUCACCGUGGACAGAAAUACAACGCUGCGGCCACCCAACGAUACCAACUCCAUGUUACCCAGAGCAUCCCUCUGUUGCCAGGAGCCUCUGCUACCGUACUGGGGUGGAAGCAGUAAGACUUACAUUUAUGUUCGAGCUGAGGACAAUGGCAGUCCCAAACUGUACGACAUUGCCCUUGUUGAACUCACCAUCAACCGGAACCUAAACCCACCCAUCUUCAACCCCGUCACCUAUGAAGAGACCAUUCUGGAGACCUGGCCAAUUGGAGACGUGGUUCUCAGAGUGACAGCUUCAGAUGCUGACAACCUGAUUUAUGUUCGAGCUGAGGACAAUGGCAGUCCCAAACUGUACGACAUUGCCCUUGUUGAACUCACCAUCAACCGGAACCUAAACCCACCCAUCUUCAACCCCGUCACCUAUGAAGAGACCAUUCUGGAGACCUGGCCAAUUGGAGACGUGGUUCUCAGAGUGACAGCUUCAGAUGCUGACAACCUGAUUCACGUGAUGGCUGCAAGGCUGCCAGUUCCGACAUUGACCAAACUGACCUGUGUGCUGCUGGUCUACGUAAAGCUGACGACACAAGUCACCCCUCCGCCUUGUAACCCUGGAGACAACCUCUAUGCCCCGGUCUUCAUUAAUUCCGAGGUGCAACAGACCAUACCAGAAACAUUGCCUGUAGACGCCAGGGUCGCAACACUGAGCGCUUUGGAUAACGACACUUUGUGUAACUUUGGAAGCCUGACGUACAGCAUCAUCGGCGAUGGAUCUGCUGCAACGUAUUUUCGAAUAGAAAAGGACACAGGAACAGUUUCUUUGAAAACCAGCCUGACAAACACAUCCAUCGUUGACUUUACUGUCCGUAUAGAGGUACAAGAUGGCAGCUCUCCUCCUUGGAGUUCCACAGCAUUGCUGUAUUUAAAGAUUGCAAGAAAUUUUGAACGCCCAGUAUGGAGUUCUGCAACGUAUACUACCAACAUCCCAGAGACAGUCCCAGUGCUUGCGACUAUACUGCGUGUCACAGCCACAGAUAGAGAUGCCCAGCGCCCCAACAAUGAAGUGACGUAUGAGCUUGUAGGAGAUGCUGUUCAACUCUAUUACUUUGAGAUUGUCAGUUCCACUGGUGAUAUUCGCCCAAGGCGUCCACUUACUUCCGAUACAAACAGAAGAAGUCAGUUUGAUUUUGUUGUGAUCGCUCGAGAUAAAGGCAGCCCUCCUCUCACUGCUGCAUUCAAUGCCUCUGUGACAAUAUCAGUGUUCAGAAACAACAACGCCCCUCGGUUCAUCCAGGAUCCCUACUCCAUUACAGUAUCUCAGGGCCUGGGCAGUGACACGGUCAUCUCUGUCAGGGCAGUUGAUGAUGACCCUACUACGGAAUUCAACCAGAUCACAUAUUCCAUCGAGGGUCCAGCAAAUGCUCUGGCUCUGUUUACAAUUGAUGGGUCAGGAAAUAUCCAACCAACAAACCCUGCAUCUAUCAACAGUGCCUCAGAGACAAAUUAUAAGAUUUAUGUUCGAGCUGAGGACAAUGGCAGUCCCAGACUGUACGACAUUGCCCUUGUUGAACUCACCAUCAACCGGAACCUGAACCCACCCAUCUUCAACCCCGUCACCUAUGGAAUGACCAUUCUCGACAACAGGCCAAUUGGAGACGUGGUUCUCAGAGUGACAGCUUCAGAUGCUGAUAACCUGGCACCAUACAACCAAGUGCGUUACGCACUGACAGGAAACAGCACUGUUCUACAGUUCUUCCAAGUAAAUACAGUCAGUAACGUUGGUACUGUGUCAUUGAAGAGAGCGAUAUAUGAUUACCCAGACAACACUGUUACACAGCUGCAGUUCCAAGUGACGUGUGAAGAUCUUGGAAAUCCAAGCCAAGCAGCCAGCAACUCUGCAACCGUCCUUGUGACUAUUGUGAGGAAUACCCCACCAUUCUUUGAUGGUAUACCAUACUCUACAGUCAUCCCAGCUACACAGGCAGCAGACACGUCCGUGUUCCAGGUGGCUGCCAGAGAUAAUGAUGUGGAUGCCCCAUUCAAUGAAAUAUCCCUGUCUCUUUUGGGUGACUCCAAUACACCAUCCUACUUCACAUUGAGUCAAACUGGCCUUAUCUCUGUCAGAAGUGGAGUCAACCUUACUACUGACACCAGGACAAACUAUGUUGCUCGUGUCCAAGUGCGUGAUGGUGGCACCCCAUCUUUGACCUCAACAGCCUUAGUUGCUAUCUCAGUCACACGGAACUUCUUUGCCCCAGUAUUUUCAAAUUCUCGGGUGCAAGAGACCAUACCAGAAACAACUCCUGUUGGCACCACCGUCACCACUCUUACAGCCUCGGAUAGAGAUACUGUGGCUCCCAAUGGAAACUUUCAGUACAGGCUUGUGAGUGGUACUGGUGUCGGUUUCUUCUAUGUUGAUCCAAACAAUGGUCAGGUUGUCCUUCUGAGGUCAGUUGAUGGACUUUCCACUCUAAGAUUCUUCACGCUCAAUGUAGAAGCACGAGAUGAAGGAACACCAUCACUCUUUGCCACAGCCAUUGUGGAAGUUAGUAUCUCUUUCGACCCAGACCAGCUGGUCUUCGGUGCUGGAGAAUACAACAUAACUCUCAGUGAAAACACACCAGUGAACACUAUCAUCACACAAGUGCAAGCUCAACCACAGGCAGGAGUAGUAUACACAGUGACUGGCCUAAGUUCAGGCCCAGACUUCUUCCUUGUGGGUGGAUCUACUGGCCAGGUCCGUGUGAGGACUCUCCUGACCUCAGAUGCUGCUGAACUUACUGGCUACCGGUUGAGAGUAAGAGCUACUAGGACUGGUGUGACAUCACAGACAGCCUUCACCACAGUCAACAUCAUUGUCAACAGAAAUAUUAAUGCCCCAGUGUUUGACAGAGCACAAUACCUCAUCACAAUACCUGACACUACGCCACUUGGCAGUGUCCUUGACACUGUGAGAGCCACUGAUGCUGAUGGGGAUGUGAUAGAAUACACCCUGUUGACUGGACAGCCAGCAUCAGAUUUCUUCCUUGUUGGGCCUCGUGAUGGAAGCAUCACCCUCAAGACGACACUCAUGGGCACUACACAGAAUGUCUAUCAGUUUACCAUUCAAGCUGAUGAUCAGAAGGUGCCACGUCAGAAAACUUCAACAGUUCAGGUGACAGUCAACAUCACUCGUGAUGCAGGUGCUCCACGUUUCAUCGGAAUUCCCUAUUUUGUGAACAUCAGAGAAGAUGUAGCAGAAAGUUCAAGCAUCUUCACAGUCACUGCUACUGAUGAUGACCUUAGGGGUCAGAUUGAGUUUGUGACCAUUGGACAAGGUGUAGCUGAGGCAUUCUUUACAUUGAACACUCAGCCUGCACAUAAUCCUCGUGAGUCCUUUGUGAUUGUACGGGAUACCAGUGCCCUGAGGAAUGAUGUGACACAACAGUAUACACUCAGAGUCCGGGCCUAUGACACUGCUUACCCAAACAACCCAGCUACAAGUGAUGUCACCAUCAAUAUCGAGAGGAACCUGAACCGCCUACAGUUCUCUAGCCAAAGAUAUCAAGUGACCAUUUAUGCCACUCAGGUGCUAGGUGUACCCAUCAUACAAGUGAAUGCUUCAGAUGCUGGUGGGGAUAACCUGAUGUUCGAAAUAACAGGGAGUAGUCAGGCCCAAGUAUUCUACAAUAUCAACCCACUCACAGGAGAAAUCUAUGUGAAGAGGUCACUGCUGGAAGGCAAUCAGCUCAAUGACCAGAUAAGUCUGCGAGUGCGAGAUCAGAGGACUCCUGAAAAAUAUGGCACAGCUGAAGUUGAUGUCACUAUCAAAAGGGACAGAUUUACUCCAGAGUUCCAGAAUCAGCCCUACAUUAGAAACAACUUCCCAUAUCGAUCAAAUAUUAAUGAUAAUGUUCAGACUGUUCUUGUCACAGACAGAGAUCUUGAGGGGACAAUUGUUUACGAAGUGACAGGUGUCUAUCCUGCUCCAUCAUUCUUCAGAGUAAACAAUGAGACUGGCUUGGUUGACCUCAGCCAGCAGCUCACCACCAUCAGCGGAGACUAUAGGUUACGGGUCAUUGCAUAUGACAGCUUCUACCCAAACAAUGCAGCCACAUCAACAGUGACGAUCCUUGUGGAUACCAACCCCAACACUCCUAUAUGUAACCCACCUGUUAUCAGUCAAAGCUUGGACACUGGCUCACUACUAACUCCAGUUGGAUUUGUCAUUGGGACUGUCAAUGCAACGGAUGCUGAUGGGGAUCAAAUCUCCUAUUCCAUGGUGAAUGGUGACCCUGAGGAUUACAGAUACUUCAUUGUAGACCCAACUGAUGGCACCCUUCGUCUCCGUGAACCUAUCGAUAAUACCUUCACUGGCUUUAACUUCCAGAUUCAAGCCUCAGACCGUGGUGUUCCGACUGCCAAAGUGUGUACAACAUUUGUUAGCAUCACGGUUCAGAGGGAUGACGCUCCCUUCUUUGUCAAUGAGCCAUACAGUAACACCAUUGAUGAGACAGUCACGACUGGUACUCCAGUAUUCCGAGUAGAAGCCCAAGACAAUAAUCUCAAGGGUCGAAUUGUGUAUGGUUUGGUUGGUGAUCUGCGUGCUCCCUACUUCUUCACUAUCAAUGACACAAAUGGCAUCAUCACUCUAAGGAACAGUAUACGAACAGACACCUUCAUGUCAUACAAGGCUAGAGUAACAGCAUACGACUCGGGAUCAACGACACGUACUGCCACAGCAACUGUAGACCUCACUGUGAAUCGCAAUGCUGGCCAACCAGCAUUUGGUUUACCUAGUUAUGAUACGACCAUUGAGGAGUUGACAGCAGUGGGAACAAGCAUCAUCAAUGUCACAGCCACUGAUUCAGAUCAAGAUGUCCUCCGCUACACUCUUGAGGGCAACCCGGUAUCAGUGAAUGGACUACAGUAUUUUGGCAUCAACUCCAAUACAGGCAAGAUCAGUGUCAUCAGACCACUGACAGCUGAUGUGGCCAGAACAAGUCAAUAUGUGAUGACUGUACGAGUAACGGACCAGAGGCAACCAGUUGAGAAGUCAAGCACUGCCCAAGUGACAGUUAAUGUUCUCCGUAACCUCAACAAACCAUAUUUCAGAAACAACCCAUACUCUCGCCAGAUCUCUGAAUUAACCACAGUGUCAACUUCAAUCAUCACAGUCACUGCUGUUGAUGAUGACCUCAAGGGGGAUCUAAUUCUGGACAUAGUUGGAGAAGGAUCAGCACCAUCCUACUUUAGUCUCACACCAGCCACACGAGUUGCUACAACCCGAAAUGCUCAGGUUGAUCUCCGGAACAGUGUACGAUCUGACAGAGGGCAGUUUCAGUAUGUGCUUGUUGUGAGAGCCUAUGACUCCUUCUAUCCUCAAGAUUUUGUUGAAGAGCGUGUAGUUAUUGAUGUCACACGCAACGAAUUUGCACCAGAGUAUAUCAACACACCGUAUCGAGUAACAAUUGAUGAGGACACACCAGUAGGCAGAGCGGUUAUAGAUGUGAAUGCUACAGACCGUAAUGGGGAUCGCAUUUACUAUGCAGCAUAUGGAGAAGCAGACACCAUGCAAUUGUUCCAACUAGACCCAAACAGUGGAGUAGUAACACUGAUCAGACCCCUGGUGCCUGGAACCCAGAUGCAGUACACGAUGAGAGUGAAUGCCACUGAUGGAGGUCUUCCUGAACGAUGGACGCCAGUGGAAGUCAUCAUUACAAUCAGACGAGAUCAGUUUGCACCCAUAUUUAUUGGAAACUAUCAAACAAAUGUCUUUGAGACCCAGGCAGUACCAUCAGAUGUACCAAUUGUUGUACAGGCCACAGACCAGGAUGGAGUUGUUGGCCAGAUUGUGUACAAGGCUACAGGCAUUUACCCAGCACUGAGUUUCUUCGAAGUGGAUGGAACAUCAGGACAGAUUAGACUCAUCAGAGAUCUCAAAAUGGACUUUAGCAAGCCCAACCCAUACUUGCUGGAAGUGACAGCUGAAGACAGUGCAAGGCCAAGAAAGAUGGGAACAGCUACUGUCACCAUCAAUAUAAUCCGCAAUCCUAACACACCACAGUGGGGUUUGCGUAGCUACUCCGCCAACAUCCCAGAAGACUACCCUGUCCCUGGACCUGUUGUAAAUGUUACUGCAACUGACUUGGAUGCUGGGGACAAGAUAAGAUACAGUUUGAACUCAGAGGUGAUCCAGAGAGAUGUGAGUAUCGGUCCUAUCGGCUACUUCUACAUUGACACAGACAUCGGACUCAUCUCACUGAGAAGGAGUGUCCUUGGCAGUGGAAUUAGACAGUUCACGCUUGGUAUCACUGCCUGUGAUAAUGGAUAUCCAGUUCGCUGCAUCAAUACCACAGCAGUAAUUACAAUCAACCGUGAUGGUCAGUCACCCGUUUGGCAGAAUUCCCCCUACAAUGUUCAGAUCCAGGAGACUCAUGCUGCCGGCACAUUCGUUCUAUCAGUCCGAGCUGUUGACCCAGAUUUGAAGCCCGGCAGCCAGGUGGUAUAUGAGUUUCUUAACCGGCCUGCCUUCUUUGCCCUUGAUGAGUUAUCUGGGAACAUCACUCUGGAAAACAGUGUUCUCUUUGAUUCCAACACACAGUAUAAUUUCCAAGUUCGAGCAUAUGACAGGUUGGACAAACCUCGAAGUGUGACAGCUGAUGUGACGGUGUUUGUCAUCAGGAAUGCCAACGCUCCAAGCUUCCUACGUCAACCGUAUCAGACAACUAUCUCUGAGUACUAUACUGUAGGUUCUGAGGUCCUCAACACUACAGCAGUGGAUCUGGAUGGGGAUGUACCACUGUACUCCUUUGUGAACCCGACAAAUGAGUUUGCCAGCAAAUUUUACAUUGACCCUCGUGAUGGAAUCAUCUAUCUGAGGAGUUCCAUGGAGAGGACCCCAAUUACACUCUACAAUGUUACCAUCUCAGCAACGGAUCAAAGACUUGUGUCUCCCCGAAGUAGUAGUACAUAUGCCGAAAUACGAGUGGAUCUAGAUGACACCCCACAGUUCACCCAGAAUCCAUAUAAUCGACCGAUUCAGGAAAGCUUUACUGUUGGCAACUCAGUCAUUACUGUCCAGGCAGUUGAUCCUGAUCUACAGGGUGAUAUUCGUUAUGGCAUUGAUGGUCUCUACCCAGCUGAGUCCUUCUUC